ACAGUGGGACGUCGCCACAGAAGCUUAAACCGCUCGUUCAAACAGCCCACCAACCGCCGCCUAACCAACAGAACCUAAUUACUCAACCCAGACGAGCGCACUGAAGAGGGAGAGCUUUCUGGGUGAGUGGGUGGGGGAGAAAUUAAAAAAAGAGCAAUCUUUCGGUUGGGUUAUCCGGUUGGACCCGAGCUUCUAGCUCCAUCGCCUCCAUUCCCGCUGCCGGAAAACUUUGCCUCCGGCGAGAUGAAGGGUUUGUUCAAGUCCAAGCCUAGGACCCCUGUUGACGUUGUUCGUCAGGCUCGCGAUCUCCUCGUCUAUGUCGAAACUGGGUCCGCUUCCGAUUCCCGUGAGAGCAAGCGAGAAGAAAAGAUGGGUGAGCUGAGCAAACUUAUCCGGGAAAUGAAGUUAAUUCUUUACGGGAACAGCGAAGCUGAACCGGUUGCGGAGGCAUGUACGCAGCUGACACAAGAGUUCUUUAGAGAAAACACGUUGCGCCUCCUAAUUAACUGUCUUCCCAAGUUGAAUUUAGAGACGCGUAAAGAUGCUACUCAAGUAGUUGCAAAUCUGCAAAGGCAGCAGGUUCAGUCAAGGCUGGUUGCAUGUGAUUACUUGGAAGCCAAUUUGGAUCUCAUGGAUAUUCUAAUAUUAGGUUAUGAGAAAGCAGACAUUGCAUUGCAUUAUGGUGCUAUGCUGAGGGAUUGCAUCCGGCACCAAAGUGUUGCUAGGUAUGUCCUGAAUUCACAGCACAUGAAGAAGUUCUUUACCUAUAUACAACUGCCAAAUUUUGACCUUGCUGCCGAUGCUGCUGCAACUUUUAAGGAACUCUUGACAAGACAUAAAUCCACAGUAGCUGAAUUUCUCUCCAAGAACUAUGACUGGUUUUUUGCUGAUUAUAAUUCACAGCUGCUUGAGUCUCCCAACUACAUUACACGAAGGCAAGCUAUAAAGUUGUUGGGGGACAUGCUUCUGGACCGAUCAAAUUCUGCGGUGAUGACACGCUAUGUUAGCUCAAGAGAUAACUUGAGGAUUCUGAUGAACCUCCUUAGGGAGUCCAGCAAGAGCAUCCAAAUUGAAGCAUUUCAUGUUUUUAAGUUGUUUGCUGCCAAUCAACACAAGCCUCCAGACAUCAUUAACAUCCUGGUUGCAAACAGAAGCAAGCUUUUACGCCUUUUUGCAGAUUUCAAGACCGAUAAAGAGGAUGAACAGUUUGAGGCAGACAAAGCUCAGGUUAUGAAAGAAAUCGCGGCACUGGAACACAGUGAGCUUCCAUAGUUUUAAGUAAUUUAUCUGGUCUGGUAAUCUUGUAUGUGGCUUGUUUGUAUUCUCAUAUAUAUAUGUAUCCUUACUCUGUGUUUCCCCACUUGUGAACUCAACAACGUUCUACUACUAGUUGUCGAUAUUUUGCACAUUUAUCUCUUGAAAUGGGCCUUUUGCACUUGACCCUAAUCUCUUUCAUCAACCUUUACACAUAUUUUCAUUGGUUAUUUCUUUAGAAAAAAAAGAUUGUUUGAUUG